ACCAGCCUCCAAUGCCAUUGAAGUACAUAACAUCUCUCUUUCUCUCUAUAACAAAAUGUUGGGCAAGAAGAUAGGUUCAGUGAAGAACCUAGCCAAGAUGGUUAGGGUUCGGGGUGGCCCGGACGCAUCACAGUCCGAAUGGUUACUUAGAAAAGGUGAAGAAAAAGAAGAAGUAGUGUGCACAAAUAUGUCGUCUUCUGAUUCAUCAUCGUCUAGCAAAACCCCAACAGGGUUUUUCACGGUUUACAUAGGGGAGGAGAGACGUAGGUUCGUCAUCCCCAUGAGCUACCUGUCGCACCCAUUGUUCAAGAUGAUGCUAGAGAAGUCAUCGGAGGAGUUUGGGUUCAACCAAAAGAACGGAUUGGUGGUUCCGUGUAGUGUCAACGCUUUUCAAGAGGUGGUAAGUGUUGUGGAAUCUUGUAAUGGAAAAUUUGAUUUGAGUCAUUUGGUUCAAGAGCUCGUUUAGUGCAUAAUUUAUACAAUUGGUAGUAGUAGAAGAGAAAUAAUAUUGUGUAUAGUAGGAUUAUGUAUUGGUCACAUUGGAUUUUUGGAAGGUGUUGGUCUUAGUUUUUAUACAAAAAGAUCCUUUUGUCUAGUUGUUUGUCUGGUGUAGCGAACAGUAAUUUAUGU